UAGUGCAUUUUUAUUUAAUAAAUUAAAUAACUUUAAUUUAAGAAAUUAAUUACGGAAUUUUGAAAAUAAGAAAAUUUAUCGGAAAAAUAUAAAAAAGUGACGUCUGUAGAACAAAUAUAAGUGUAUUGCUCGAUAAAAAAAUAUGUAUAUAUUGAGUGAUGAGCGUGUGUAAUUUGAAAAUAAUAAACAAGAUUGUUUUGAAAAAAAAAGAAAAGAAUUUUUGCAAAACGCUUUUAAAUAUAUAAAGAAUUAAUGAAAUUAAUAUUGUUACAAUUGUUUUUUAUUUAAAUAAAAAAGCAAUGCCACAACGACACCUCGUUGUGUUGGAAAUAUUUCGGUUUUUUAAUUAAUUUAUCAUUAAAAACGUGAGACACAUUUUUAAGGAGUUUAUAUUAAAAAAAAAAAAAGAAUUAAAAUUAUAUUAAAAAGAAACAGUGAAGAACAGUAAAGAACGUGAAUUUUGCCGCAAUUAUUUACAUAAAUCGAUAUUCAUGAAAGUUUGUUUGUUACACCAUAUAAUGAGGAACAAUCAAUUAAUUGAUUAAAAGAAGAAAAAACUCGAUUUGAAUCGAAUCUGUUACCUUUUGAACUUCUUAACAACAUUAUCUUGCCUUUUAACAAUUACAAUACUUUAUCAAUAACUAUUAUUAGAUACUUUUUGGAGAAUUAUGGAGUCAUCACCUUUUGUUUUGAAAACUUCAAAUACCAAACGUUUUGUUAUUGAGGAUUCAAUAACUAAGGUAACAUCAGAUGGCGAACCACAUGAAAUGAUGACCAUGAUAGCUGGACUAUCUGGUCUUUUGGCAGCUAUGGUCAUACUAACGGUGUUAAUAUUCCUGGUGGCUUGUAAAAAAUCGAAAAGCAAACAUGAAUGUGAUAAAUGUUCGGAAACCGGCUCCACUGCAGGCCCAGCUGGAGAAAAUCAAAGUAAAUGCUCUUCCACAGUUGAUAUCUACAAUCCAAAGCAAUUGCAGGGCAGAUCCAUCUCUGUAAUAUGUGGCAGGCAGGAAAAUUUGGGCUGUCGCAACAGCAACAAGGGCAAUUUGCACAGCAAUUUAAAUAAAGCCUUUGAGAGCAGUGAAUUGGAAUUGGAGCGGCCUAAACAAAAGAAGAAGACCCAUUGGCAAGAUGAAAUGGAAAUGCAAAGAGAAACUUCCAUACAAAUAGAACGUUAUUAAGCAACAAAUCACGCAAUCGUAAAUUAGAUAAAGUGAAAUGUAAACGAGAAGACUGAACGGAAUUUUGGGCGAUAAAAGCAUCUAUUGGUAGCACGAUGUUGAAAUCUCUAAUUUUUUCGUAUUAGAAUAAAUACAAUUUUCUGAACUAACAAUAAGCAACAAACAAUAAUUUGAUGUAUUUUUUAAGCUUUUAAACUUUGUUAAUUUUAUUAAUAGUUUUAAUUAUAAAUGA